AUGGAAUGUCCUUCAUUUUACUUUGCUCUUGGAUCUCUAUUUAUGCUUGGCAUUUCACAUUCGAGCAGCCAUCUACCGCUCCGCAUAGUCUCGUCCACAUCUCUCCUAGUAUUUGUAUACUCGAGAGAAAGGGCUCGGGGCAUUGGCCCUAACAUGAAGAUCGUCAGGCACAACGACUUUGCCGUUCUCUUUGGCUUCCUGCUUUUUGAAAGCCUUUUUGUGCCGAAGUCUACAGGGCAUUUUGUCUUCCGAGUCUUCAGAGCUGCAGCAGCCUGUGGACUGAUUUUUUCCACUGUGCUUUUCUUUAUCACCCUAAGAUAUAUGGCAGACAGCAAGGCCGGGGGGAGAAGAAUACAAAGGAAUGGACCGUAUAGAUAUAUCAGACACCCGUUGUAUUCCUCACUAAUACUUUACUGGGGGUCCUGCACUGUCUAUCUUUCUUGCUUUGUCUCUCUUGCUAUAUUUCUUUGGUUUGUAAGCAAUAGAACCAUCCCAAGGAUAAAGGAGCACGAGAGGGAGAUGGCCUCUAUCUCAUCAGAGUACACAGAGUAUAAGAGGAUGGUGUGGUCUGGAAUUCCAAUGUACAAGUAG